UAACCGGCUUCGAGAACCGGCUUCGAGAGCAUUUGCGUCAAUAAUCCUAAGCGUGCCAUAACUCUCACAACACUGUUCAAAAACCCUCUCUCUCUCUCAUAAACUCUUGGACUCGCUUCUUCUCGAUCUCCGCAGCUUCGGUUUCGUCAAUGGCUUUACCGAACCAGCAAACCGUCGAUUACCCUAGCUUCAAGCUCGUCAUCGUUGGUGAUGGAGGCACAGGAAAAACCACGUUUGUCAAGAGACAUCUCACCGGAGAGUUUGAGAAGAAAUAUGAACCCACUAUUGGUGUUGAGGUUCACCCUUUAGAUUUCUUCACUAACUGUGGCAAGAUCCGGUUCUACUGUUGGGAUACUGCUGGACAAGAGAAAUUUGGUGGGUUAAGGGAUGGAUACUACAUCCAUGGUCAAUGUGCCGUCAUCAUGUUUGAUGUUACAGCACGUCUGACAUACAAGAAUGUUCCAACAUGGCACCGUGAUCUUUGCAGGGUCUGUGAAAACAUCCCGAUUGUACUCUGUGGAAACAAAGUUGAUGUGAAGAACAGGCAAGUGAAGGCGAAGCAGGUGACAUUCCACAGGAAGAAGAAUCUCCAGUACUACGAGAUAUCUGCCAAGAGCAACUACAACUUCGAGAAGCCAUUCUUGUACCUUGCUAGGAAACUCGCUGGGGACCCUAACCUUCACUUUGUGGAAUCACCUGCCCUUGCUCCCCCAGAAGUACAGAUUGACUUGGCUGCUCAGCAACAGCACGAGGCGGAGCUCGCAGCCGCAGCAAGUCAGCCACUCCCUGAUGACGAUGAUGACACGUUCGAGUAGAGAGAGAGAGAGAGAGAGACACUAUUAUCAUUUCUUGUUUUUUUUUUUCUCUAGUGGAGCUAUUUCUAUUUGUGUUUGUAUUCUUCAAGAUAUGAAGUUUGAAUAUCUGAGGUUUGCGAUGGCACUAGUCAUUUUUCCAUUCGGAGUCUUUCUGAUACUAGUUGAAGCAAAAGCCAAGCUUUCUUAUAAAAAAACACCUUUUUUGGUAA